GGUCACCACCCCCCGGAGACAAGAAGCCCCCCCCAACACAACACAGCACCAUGGCCCCCAAGAAGACCCAGCAGGACGACGGCAUCUCGGAGAACGAGGUGCGCGCGCUGCUCAUCGGCAAGGACGGCAACCUCACGCGCGACUUCGAGGCCGUGCUCACGCGGCUCUUCAUCUCGUUCCUCGAGAAGCCCACGGACAAGAGCCUGACGCUCGACAAGCUCAAGGAGUUCAGCAAGAUCUGCAACGACGGCAAACCCUUCUCGGACGAGGAGAUCAAGGAGAUCCAGACCUACUUCCAGUGCGACGAGAACAAGGGCCUGACGCUCAAGGGCUUCAAGGACAUGUACCACACGCAGUCUAGCGCCGAGCCCAUGGAGACCUGGCGGGACAUGAAGAAGCUCGGCUUUGACAAGGAGCUGAUCGAGAAGCGUGAGGCUGCCCUCCGCUGCCGCGUGUGCAAGGCUCCGUCCACGCUCGUGUGCUCGCGCUGCAAGGUGGUGCGGUACUGCGGCGCCGAGUGCCAGAAGCAGGACUGGAAGGCCUCCCACAAGCAGAAGUGCAAGCCGUCCGUGGUCUAAGCGCGUCCACGUGUCCGAAGCUCACGCUGACGACGGCGACGGCGAAGUUCAAUGACGCGGAUCCCCCCAACUAGCAACUGACGUCAUACAGCCAGGCACAGAGAGAAACAGAGGGC